AUGGCUCUCCAUUACAACUUUUCCUCAAUCUUAUUGCUUGCAUUUAUCUACUUUAUGCAUGACCACAUGAUAACUACUACAAUUGCACGUCACAUUCUACAAACCCCUAGUUUCUCAAAGCCAGAGACACCUAGUUUCUCAAAGCCUGCAACCCCUAGUUUCUCAAAGCCUACGACCCCUAGUUUCUCAAAGCCUACGACCCCUAGUUUUUCAAAGCCUGAGACCCCUAGUUUCUCAAAUCCCCAAGCCCCUUCUUUCUCAAAGCCCCAGACCCCUAGUUUCUCAAAAACUAAUACUCAUGUUUUCUCAAAGCCCGAGACCCCUAGUUUCUCAAAGCCCAAAACCCCUAGUUUCUCAAAGCCCGAUACCUCUAGUUUCUCAAAGCCUGAGACCCCUAGUUUCUCAAAUCCCGAAACCCCUUCUUUCUCAAAGCCUGUAACGCCUAGUUUUUCAAAGGCCAAGACCCCUUCUUUCUCAAAGCCUGCAACCCCUAGUAUCUCAAAGCCCCAGAGCCCUUCUUUCUCAAAGCACAAAAGCCCUAGCUUCUCAAAAUCCAAAACACCUACUUACUCAAAUCCCGAUACCCCUAGUUUCUCAAAGCCCAAAACCCCUAGUUUCUCAAAGCCCGAGACCCCUAGUUUUUCAAAGCCCGAAACCCCUUCUUUCUCAAAGCCCUAA